AUGCGUUCGAUUUUCUUUCUUUUCCUAGCAUUUGCGCUGAUUUGUGUGAUUGUGGCAGACGACAAGGCGCAUGGAGACCAACGCGUACGCCGUGACGACGAUAGGGAGAAGAGAAGCAUGCCUAAGGAUCCCCAAGGAGAUCAACGUGGACUCCGUGAAAGAGAGAAAAGAGAAGGAUAUGGAUACCGUGUCAUCCGAGAUGAUCCCCGCGAGAAGAGAGAUGACGAUGCCACUGUGUUAAACGCUCACCGCGUUCGUGAUGGCGCCUCUCGUGACAAGAGAGAAGGAUAUGGAUACAAUGUCCGCCGU